AUGUCCUCUGGAAACUUGGAUUUCGUCCAAAGCCACGCUGAUACUCUGGGUUUCUAUAGCAGCUCAGUUGAGAGGAACAAUAAAAGCCAUGGCUCCAACAAGAAAAAAAAGGUAAUUCUCAACUAUGAAACAGAAUUGUCAUAUAUCUUUGAUGAUUUGUGCAGAACUUUCAAUUUCCAGCGUGAUAACGCAGCUAACAUGAAAGAUUACUUGAUUACAAUGUGGGAAUCGAGAAAUGCAAAAAUGAGUGGCCGGAUGGAAGAUUUGUCACUUAAAUCGCUCCUCUCCAUCUACGAAGAGUAUAUUUGGGGUGUACAUUCGAAUUUCACCAAAUGGUACAGAUUUGUGUAUGGUAAAAAUACUAUACCCCCAUGGUUUGUUGCCUCGGGACCAGGAAGAGCUAUUACAAGAGAGGUGAUGACUCAGUUAUCUCUUUGGCUAUUGGUAUGGGGCGAAUCAAAUAAUCUUAGGGUUAUGCCCGAAUUGUUAUGUUUUAUCUAUGAUAUAAUGAUGACAGAGUAUAAAUUUCACACUGAUCACAAGAGUAAAAUCAACAGGGAGAAGGACAAAUACUCUAAAAACUCCAAGACAUCAAAAUCAUCAUCUAAAAUACUGGCUGAUACAGCGUCAUCCUCGUCAUCCUACUCCUCUUCAAAAAAUAUAAAGAAGACUCAUUUUCUCCAUCAUGUCGUGACACCACUAUACAAUUUCUAUCAAUUCCAAAUAACAUGGAACAAAAACAACGAUCAUUCUCAUAUUAUUGGUUACGAUGACAUUAACCAAUGCUUUUGGUCUUUAAAUACCAUAAAACAGUUUAAAUUGAAAGACGGCACAAAUUACAUGGAUUUACCGCAAGAGUUAAAAUAUCAAAAGUUUAACGAUAUCGAAUGGUCAAAAUCCUUGAAGAAAACUUAUUUGGAAUCAAGAACAUGGUACCACUUGAUAACAAAUUUCCAUAGAAUUUUGACUAUUCACAUAAGUACUUUUUGGUACUUCUCAGUAUUGAACUUGAAACCUUUAUUUACCAAAUACUACGUGCAAACUUUGGACAACAAACCAGAUCCUUUCAUUUUAUUUUCAAUUAUGUCAUUGACAGGUACUUGGUCAUGCAUUAUAGCAUUAAUGGCAAUGGUUGGAGAGGUGCUUUUUGUACCAAAAAACUCCAACUUAAGAAGACCAGUGAAAUUAAGGUUUUUCAUCAUUAUAUUGUUACUUUGGAUAAAUUUGAUACCGCCGGUGGUUAUCUUAUCCUUUUCCGAUAUUCUAAGAAAAAAACAUAUCAACGAUAAUAUAUUGAAUAUUGCUUCUUUUGUUGCUUUAGCAAUCUCUUUCGUUACUUCGGUGUUCUUCUCCUUUGUUCCUCUAUCAAAAAUUCAUACUUUGUUAGACAACAGUAUUAUUAUGGGAUUGAAUCGCUACAAGGAUGUAUCUACAUACGAGGGAGAUUCCUGCCCUCAGUUAAACGAUGACAACUCAGAGUGGAAUUUAAGCAAGGCUCGCACAAACUUGAAUAUAAUAAAUCCUUUCACGGAAAACUGGUCCCGUUUUGAGUCUACAGAGGCCCGGUUUUGUUCGAUUGGAUUGUGGGUUAUGAUUUGGGCAUCUAAAUUUGUGGAAACCUUUUUCUUUCUUUGCACUUCCAUCAAAGAUCCGGCUAGAGACUUAUUUCUCUCACAAAUGAAUUGCUCUGGUACAGAUAGUGUGCUCAGUACUGCUAUUUGUAAAAACUGGACCAAAUUAUUACUAUUACUUUUGAUAGUCACGAACUUUGUUUUAUACCUUCUUGACACAUACUUAUGGUAUGUCAUUUACAACACAAUUUUUUCCUUGGUAAGAUCUGUCUAUAUGGGUAUGACCCAAUUGACACCUUGGAAGAAUGUCUUCAUGAAUUUAUCGAGUAAAAUGAAGUUGAAGUUAUUGCCUUGGAACCAAGAAUGGGAUAUUGCUCUAAUUGCAGAUCUUUGGAACGAAGUUGUAUAUUCCAUGUACAGAGAGAACUUGAUUUGUACGGAACACGUUGAGAGGUUAGUAUUUCAUCUAACGAAUGAUAAUAAUCUUUUGAAACCAUCGUUACUUACAGCUUCUAAUGAUCAUUUCUUCAGAUCAAACCUAUUUAAGAGGUCUAAAGAAAUUCAAAGAAGAUUAACUUUCUUCGCUCAGUCAUUGCAUUGUCCCUUACCUGAUCCUGGGACCGUUGAAAGUAUGCCUACCUUUACUGUCUUAGUGCCUCAUUAUAAAGAGAAAAUUCUCUUGAGCUUAAAGGAUAUAGUGAAGGCAGAAACCAUAAACUCGAAUAUUACUUUAUUGGAAUAUUUGAAGUUAGUCUAUCGAACUGAAUGGAACAGUUAUAUCGAGGAAACCAACAAAAUAAUGGGAAAGGAGUUCACUAGUUCAGAGAGUGGAAACAAAGAUCUUAAGAAUCUCAUCGAUGACGAGAGCGAUGAAAUUGAUAUAAAGAUUCUGGACAUGAAAAGAAGUGGCAUAAAUUCAGUCAUGAACCCAUUCAAAUUUACAGGGUUUAAGUUGGAAGUUCCAGAACAAACAAUAAGAACUAGAAUCUGGGCUUCCCUCAGGACUCAAACGCUUUACAGAACGAUAUCUGGCUUUAUGAAAUACGUAGACGCCAUCAAAACCCUUCAUAAGUUGGAAUCAACAAAGGCUUCCGAUUUAAUUAGCCCUUCUGGAAAGACAUCAGAAAGGCAAUCCGUUAGCAGUAAAGCAGAAAGUAAAACCAGCAGUCAGCGUAGUAAUAAAAAGAGAGAUAAGAAAAAUUCGAAGCUGUCAGCUAAGGAGAAGAGUAGUGUCAAUGAUUCAAUCACACAAGAUGAAAAAAGUACUGCCAUAGCUAUGAAGAAAUUCCAUAUGGUAUGCUCAAUGCAGAGGAUGGAUAAAUUCAAUGAUGAAGAGAAAGCUGAUAGAGAUAUCCUUUUGACUGCUUUCCCUUCAUUGAAGAUCGCUUACAUCGAAGAGAAAAUGGAUAAAGCAGGAGGGAGAAAAAUCUAUCAUUCUUGUUUAAUCGAUGGCUUCUGUGACAUCGAUGCCAAUGGCAAUUAUAUUCCAAGGUAUAGAAUCGAGUUAUCAGGAGAUCCAAUUUUAGGAAAUGGUAAAUCAGAUAACCAAAAUCAUUCAAUAAUUUUCACGCGUGGUGAAUACAUCCAGUUAAUAGAUGCAAACCAGGACAACUAUUUCGAAGAAUGCCUUAAGAUUAAGAAUAUACUAAAAGAGUUUGAUGACUCAACGUACGAAGUUAAUAAUGAUGAGUACGGAAGUCAAUAUGCCAACGAUUAUGAUGAUAGUACAUGCAGUCCUGUAGCAAUAGUUGGUACUAGAGAGCACAUAUUUUCAGAAAACAAUGGUGUUCUUGGAGAUAUAGCUGCAGGUAAAGAAAAAGUAUUUGGUACAUUUUUCGCAAGAACUUUAGGAUAUAUCAACUCUAAAUUACAUUACGGGCAUCCUGAUUUCAUCAAUUCCAUAUUUAUUACUACCAGAGGCGGUGUAUCAAAAGCUCAAAGGGGUUUACACUUAAAUGAAGACAUAUAUGUUGGUAUGAAUGUGUUGAUGAGAGGUGGGCGGAUUAAACAUGCAGAAUACUACCAAUGUGGUAAGGGCCGUGACUUAAGUUUCAAUUCAAUAUUGAACUUUACCACAAAAAUUGGUUCAGGAAUGGGAGAGCAGCUUCUUUCCAGAGAAUACUUUUAUAUUGGGACUUCCUUGCCACUUGAUAAAUUCUUGUCGUUCUUUUACGCUCAUCCUGGUUUUCAUUUGAAUAAUGUGUUCAUUUACAUAUCUUUAUGCUUGUUUUUGGUUAUCAUAUUGAACCUAGCUGUGGUCAUAGAUUCGAGCAUUUUAUGCGUUUAUGAUGUAAAUUUCAAACAAACAGAUCCAUGGGAACCAGAAGAUUGCUUACAGUUGGUACCAGUAUUAAGUUGGUUAAGAAGAUCAACUAUUGUACUCUUGUUUAUAUCAAUGGUGUCAUUUUUACCUCUAUUUUUACAACAUAUGAAUGAUAGAGGAUUUCUAUCCGCCAUCAAGAGGCUAUCCAAACAAAUGAUAUCUGGAGCAAUAUUCUUUGAAAUAUUUUCUAGCAGAAUAGCCUCACAUGCUUUGAUAACGGAUAUCACUGUCGGUGAUGCUAAAUACUUAUCGACCACAAGGGGAUUAUCUUUUGAAAGAAUACCAUUCGUAACUUUAUUUUCAAGGUUUGCAAGUGAAACAUCAUAUUUUGCCGGUUUGGCUUUAUUAGUCCUAACAUACGCUUCUACAGUGAUGUGGGAUAUUUCUUUGUUAUACUUUUGGAUAUAUUUCAUCGCAUUAUUACUUUCUCCAUUUAUUUUCAAUCCAAGUCAGUUUCAUUGGGUUGAAUUCAUCAUGGAUUAUAAAAGAUCAUUUUCUUGGUUUAUAAAUUGGCAAAGAAAAGUUUCAUGGGUCAAAAGCACCCGUGAGCAGAGUACAAUGUUAACCUUGAAUAGCGAAGAGGAUACAAAAUGGCAUCAAGUAAUCUUCACAAAUAUUUGGUGUUAUAUUAUUCCACAAUUCUUUUUAACCAUUGGUGUUGUAAUCCCAUUUAUUAUAAUGAAUAUCAAUAAUGUAGAUUCUAUGAGGGUUGAUGCAAGCUUGAGGUUGCUAGUUGUUACUGUUUUCCCCAUUUUUGUGAAUAUCGUGGUGUUGUUAUUUGUGUUUUUAGUCUCGAGCAUUUAUGGACUCAUCGUAAUUCAGGGGAAGGGUCAAUGGCUCCCCAAAUUGUUAUCUAGAAUAACGGUUAUUUCAGGAAUUCUUUCAUUGUGUGUUGGAUAUAUGUCACUAUCAUUUUUCCAAAGAUGGGACUUGAAGACUAUCCUGUUGGGUGUGCUGUCAUCACUAAUGCUUCAAAAACUAGCGUAUCAAAUAAUCAACGGAAUGAUACUACCGAGAAACUGGGCCAGUGACAAGACAAACGAAUCUUGGUGGAAUGGGAAAUGGUUAAAGAAAAAUUAUUCAAUUUUUAGUCCUUUCAUGGAAUUCUGCCGCAAGGUUCUGGAAUUGAGUAUAUUCAACGUUGAUUUUGUGUUAGCCCAUAUUAUCUUUCUUUUCCAACUACCAAUAUUGUUAAUUCCAAAUAUUGAUAUGCUACAUUCGUUGAUGUUAUUUUGGAGAAAAGCUGACAUAGACGCUAGACCGAUUGUGUUCAGGGACAAAAGGAAGCAGCAACAUCAAAUACAUUUAUACUCUUUGACUUUUAUUGCUAUUUUAGGAGCGGUGGUAACAUUUUCCUGUCUGCCAGUUAUAUUGAACCAAAUAUUUGUUGUUGACUCUGAAAAUGUUUUGGAUGUAGUUGCUCCGCUAAUACAACCCCCAAAGAGUAUUGCUUUAGAGUCCGAAAUUGGGUUGUCUGCCUAUCGGAAUAUGAUGCAAGCUAUGUUCCAUAAAACCAAAAAAGUAGGCUUGGAAACAAGCCACUAA